AGCAUAAAGAUGGCAGACAAUGUAAUUAUGAACUUGAACAAAAUAUUUUUGAAGAUACAAAUGAUCGUGGAAUACAAAAUACUUUUAAUAGUUGGGAUAGUGCAAUGAAUGAAGUAAAAAAGUAUGCUUAUCAUAAAGCUGAGACAAUAUUACCAAAUGUCUGCCAACUAUUGAAAGCAUAUUUAACAAAAGAGACACGGAAGAUUCAAGAAGAUCAAAUCAUCCAAGCCCUUUAUUAUCAUACUAGUUGUAUUAGUAAGAAUGAGUUGCAAACUUAUAAUUCAGAUCCUAAUUUAUUUAAUAAAAACUUCACCACAAUUAUCGCAAAAGUUUUAAUUGUUCUUGUUACUAUUGAUGAUAUUGUAGAAAUGUGGGCUGUGCGACAUGUUAUAGAAAAAAAUAUAAAACAUUUUGUAAUUCUUUUAAAUAAUGGUCUUCAUUUAUGUUCAUGUUUUAAUCACCACUCAACAGCUAUUGCUUCUAUUAGUCAGGCCAGUAUGGAUAUAAAUCACCUUAAUGCACUAAAUUAUAAUUAUUUGGGUGUAAAGAGAGAAAUUAAUCAAGAAUUCAUAGAGGAGCAUCAACUAUAUGGAGAAAAUUAUAGUGAAUCUGAUAAUGAAAAUCUUGAUCCUCAAGACUUAGAGAAUUCUCAUAAACACAAGUCAAAAGAAAGGCUGAAUGGGACAG